CAGAAAAAAGGUUUAAUUUUGCAGGGACGUAAUUUCCUCUCGAAGAUGGAAAAAAUGGUAUUUUCAAAUAUACCUUCAGGUGCGACCAUCAAUUUUCAACAACCACAAGCUACUCCAAAGCGAAAGAAGAGAACAAGGACCCACUCGCGUCACACUCAUCAUCAUCAAAUAGCUAAACUGGAUCAGCAUACCAAAACCGAAGAUAUUGAGCGUGUUCAAAUAGGCCAGGAAACAGGGCUUGCUGCAAGUCAAAUCAAGCAUUGGCUCCACAAUAAGAGGACCCUAUUAAAGGGGUCUACACCGCAAGAAUCAAAAGUACUUACUAUGCAAAACUUGCUUCACGAAAAUCAAAGGUUACGCAAAGAGGCAAGUAUAUUAUUGAUUGAUGUAUAUUUUAUCUAUUCACAAAUGGAUACAAUAUGA